CAAACCAAGAAGCAUCCCGUCAACUUCAGAUUGAGAACCAAUUGAAACCGGACCAGGCUCCGGCUGAUAUUCCUAAAGCUCGCGAUGAGGAGCCUGUGGAACCGGAGCUGCCAGGACCAGCCGGUCAUCAGGCAAGUCAGCGCGGUGAUGACGCCGUGUUGGAGGCUGAUGAGGAACAGCCCUUGAUUUUGCAUUUGGCAACCUUGACGAAAUAUGAAAAGGACAAGGUGAAGCGGAUUGUGACUCCCAAGCCUGUGAUCUUCAUGCAACGCGUUGAGAUCUUGUCAACCACCACCAAGUCGAAAAAGAUUGAGAUCAAGGGAGGGUUCUACAAUGAAGAGGAUAUGAAAAAUGAACUUGGAUAUUCCCCGAUUUUUGGCAGCAUGUUGUGCGAAUACCAUGAGCAGGAGCUUGAGUACUGGGUCAACACCAGAACGUCCGGAACUCUGUCACAUGAAGAUCUUCAAAAAAUGAGUGCCAUGCAAUCUCAUGAGGGGGAGGCGUCUGGCGCUCCAGGAGACCUGGCUGACAUGAACUUUGACCUGGGCGGUUUUUUCGGAGAUGACCGGCCAAGCUCCUGCUAA